GCGAGGACUUCCUGGUUCCUGCAGGCCGGACCCUGCUGCUCCCCUGCAGCGACUCCUCCAAACGCAAGAAGAGGUGGUCCCAGCGGAGGGAGGGGGGGCCGUGGUUGACCCUGCUCACGCUGCUCAGGAACGGUACAGUGAGAGCAGAGAGGAGCCGGAUCAGCCUGAGGAACGAGGCCCUGCAGAUCCAGGACCUGCAGCCAGAGGACUCCGGAGAGUUCCAGUGUAACGGGAAGCUGCAGGCCAGACUCUCCGUCCUCACAGUGCAGCCUGAGCCGACCAUCCUCCAGCCAACCACCAGAACAACUGCAACAGCUGUCGUCAUGGAAACAGAGGAGGUUAAAAUAAAGAAGAAGGAGAAGAAGACACCUGUGAAUGCCCUGCUGAUGGUUGCCGUGGCAGUGAUGGGGUUAAUGAUCCUCCUCAUGGCCGGGGUCUGUGUUCUACUGACCGGCAUGAGGUGCAGGAGGAGAAGGAAACACAGAUGUGCGGCCCAGAGUCAGGAAGACACAGAGCUGCAGCCGUGGAAUACGUCCAACACACAGACUGAGUGUCAGGACUCUGAGAGCCCGUCUCCGCAGGAGGAGGCGAUCCAUUACGCCUCUCUGGGCCGACCGAACUGGAGAGGGGGACCCAGCAGGACUCCAGCAGACCAGAACCAGGACCACGUCAUCUACUCUGCUGUCGUCACCAGACCAGCUGCUAAACAGAAAGCUUCUCUGCUGCUCCGUGCACUCUAACAUAUCCAGUCUAAUGAAAGGUUAAAGGGGGCCUAUUGGGCCCUUUCCUGUAGUGUGUUCUAUAGAGUGGCGAAGUGCAUCCCCUUCCGGUGGACCUCCAUGGGACCUUA